AUGAAACUGACGAGUACAUUAAAUAUGAAAGAGGAAUUGCGGAGAUUGAGGGAUUACCUGAGAACGAACUGUAAGAUAUGUAGGUUGCAGAUGAGAGCUGGGCUGUGGCGGCGAGUUUUAGAAGUUCAAAUCUUCGUUGUUCGUACUAAUGUGUUGGAGUAUCAUCCAGAAUCAAUUACAAAUUCAAUUCAGAAGCAAAUUGUUGGUGCUCUUCAAAGGGGCGAGAGAAGCAGAGCAUCUACACUGCUUUUAGAACUUGGCCAAGAAAAACAUGUGCUCUGUAAUCCACUUGUGUAUAAUGCUAUUAAACACACUCAGCAGAAGCAUUUUAUUGCGUAA